AUGUUGCCGCUCUCCCUCCUGAGCCGGGGACAUGGGAAGUUGGUCCAGAACAAACAGAAGCUAGAAGUCUACUUGGAACCGGAGGAUUACUUGAAUUGGAAAUCCCCAGAAGACUAUGUCCUGGCCAGCAGACCUCAGGAUGAGGACCAUGCCAACCAGCACUGCUGGAGCCUCUUUCUUCCUAAAACAUUCAGCACUAGGAAGGGGGCCUUGAUCCUCUAUUCAGAAGGGUUGGCCCUGUCAGCAUGGACACGCAACAGGAGGAGCAGAGGACUCUCCCACCCCAAAGGCCCCAGGAAGAGGCCUGAUCUUGAACUGCACACACUCCACGACCUCAAAGAGGCCAUCCUGGCAUAUGGAAGAAAGCAGAGGGAGGAGGACAGAGCCUGGCAACCGCACCUCUACUUCCAAAGCCAGCCAGACAGCCAGGCCCGGCGGCAGAUCCAGCCUGGGUAUUCAGCCAAGAGAUACCUCCGAAACCUCUUGCGGGCAUGGCCCCCAAACACCAUGUACAAGUUCCAGUGUGCAGGAUACAUCAAGGACUCUGUGCUGCUCCAGGACAGUCAACCUAAUGUACCAAAGAAUCUCAUACCUCAACAAGAUCUUUCAGGUGUACCCCCAAAAUACUACCUCCUGCCUGUCUUCCCUCCACUUUGGAGCCAAGAAGGAAAAUCUCUUAAACAAGGUCACCAGGGUCUGCAGGAAGGGGAAGCUGGGUAUGGAGGAUGCAUGGAGCAGGACUCUGGCGCUGACAACCACAGCAGUCAGGGGCCCUCCAGGCUGCCACUGAGGAAGCAGCCCCAGCAGGAAGAGGCACCCCGAGCCAAGGACACGUCAGGAGCAUCCCAGGAAAGCCACAAUGAAAAGCCCCAGCAGAACUCCAGAACAGCCUCCAGCCAGGCACACAUCCAUCAUUCUUGGCUCCUGGGCCCCACGUCCCAUAUUACAUACUAUGGAGGUGCCUUUCCCAGUCGGAAGGCAGAGCUUAGGGACAGAAAAGAGAUUGUACAACUCCGCAAGACCAGAAGUGGCCCCCUGUUAGAGGAGCCCACAGCUGAAAAAUUCCAUUUCCCUCCCAUAGCAUCUGCCACUGGUUUGGAGAAGCACACCCCAGGGGAAGUAAAGAAGAAAAAGGUGCCCAAAGCUUUGAAAUUACCUCCUAUCUCUGAAGACCCAUGCAAGGUCCUAUUGCCUUUGAGGAACCAGCUUAAAUCCCUUGAACCCCCAAUAGAACUCUUCAUUUUUCCAGUGGAGAUCCACUUCCACACCCGACACCCACCAAAAGACAAAGCCGUAAGAAGAGGUGCUCCAUGCUCUGAGUCAAAACCAGAAGUGGAAAUGGGGACCAGGUCUGCACAGAGGCCUCCCCUGAAGCAGGCCCUAAGACCACGAAAGUUAAGGGUGCAUCUCCCAGUGGACACAAGCAGGGCCAUGCUCUCACCUCAAGAUGACAGUGUUCCAUCCCAGAAUGUGGCCUCGCUGGUGGAAAUUCUACCCCUGAUUAACAGGAGAAAGAGUCCAGGGAGCCAGGGGACAUUGGACAGUCCCAGGACAUCCGGCCAUAGCAGCCCCAGGAGUGCCACAAAUAUGAGACCUCCGGCAAGGACACUGCUAACAAAACAAGCCCGUGAAUCUGUCAGCUCAAGUAUCAACCAUACAGAGCAAGGAUUUAGUAUUCAGUCAUUCCUGAAAGCAGACACUGAAUCCAAAAGUAAUCUCCACAUGACUCUGUCUGAAGCCUUGCCUCUGAGCCCGACAAUGGAGAUGCAGGGAGCCCAGCAGUCCUUGGAGGCAGCGGCUCAGAAGACGGGAGAGCCUCAAAGUUGUAUAAAUAAAGGGCCGAUAUGUUCAAACAGCAAAGAAUUUUCCACGCGCAAGCUGCACAUCGACAUGACGCCGUUCCUGAAGGGCAGUGGAGAACUGGGCUCUCAGGACGAAGCAGGAGGACCCCUUGGAGAAAAUGACCCAAAAGGCCAAGAGCCUGGGGCCGUGACCCUUGACCCUCUCAGCGCUUGCCUGGCUGAGCCCAUCCAGACCCCUGUGGCCGAUAUUGUAAAAAAUACAGGCAGGGAUAGCAGCAAUGUUUCCCACCUGCCCAGAGGACUUCCCAGACACAGACCUGAUGCACCAAAGCGCUUGGGCAAAGCGGAUGCAUCUCUUCUGCCAAGACUGUCCAGCCAGCAGGCACCUGCCAGCCCCAGACGUGGGAAGGAGCUGACUGCCAAGGUCAACAGAAGAAGAACCCAGGCAGACGAGAGCCAAGCCCCAGGAAGGGAGCAGGAGAAAAAGGCUCUCAGAGGAGCCGAGGCUGCUGUGGGCAAAACAAAGCCCUCAAAGGCUGAAAGGAAAUCGGAGCUCACUUCCAAAGCCAAAACAGCAGGUGUGAAGAGGGGCAGGCCCCAGAAGGCAAGGGAUGUGGAACUGGCGGAGUUAGCUGGGCCUCAUGGCCCCGACUCCAGCAGAACAGAAGACACAGGCAGAGGCUGCUUCUCGGCCAGCCCCAUCUUAGACGGCCCUUGGCUUGCUCACAAGUAUGACUUUCCGGAAACCCAAGUUUCUCUCGAGGGAAGAUCAUCGCCCAGCCAGGCCACAGCUGUUGCUGGUCACGUGGACCCUGAAGGAGAGAGAAGCCCGGAGGAGCCACUGCAGGGCCUCCUCCCUAAGAGGGAGCAGCAGCAGGCGCAGGAGCAGGUGCUGGCUUCCAGGGACAGGCUGCGAAUGGAGAGGGCAGAGAAGAGGCGGCUGGAGGUGGAACGGAAGAGGAGGGAACAGGAGGAGCAGAGGCGGCACCAGCAAGAGGAGCUGGAGAGAGCAGAGAGGAUGAAGGAGGAGCUGGAGCUGGAGCAGCAACGCUACAGAGAGGAGAUCCGCUUAAGGAAACAGAGACUGGAGGAGCAACAGCAGCAGCAGGAGGCAGCGGCAAGAAAGCAGCGGCUGCAGAUGCAGGUGGCCCAGGAGAGAGCCCGACAGCAGCAAGAAGAGUUCCGGAGGAAACUGCGGGAACUACAGCGGAAGAGGGAACAGGAGGAAGCCGAAAGGGCUGAGGCUGAGAGGCAAAGGCAGAAGGAGCUGGAAAUGCAGUUGGCAGAAGAGGAGAAGCGCCUGAUGGCAAUGGCUGAGGAAGAACGGCUGGACUACCUGAGGCGCAAACAGGAGGCAGAGGAGCAGGCCGCGCGGGAGGCCGAGCAGAGGCGGCUGAAGGAGGAGGAAGUGGCAAGGCUGGCUUCGGAGGAGGCCCUGCAACAGGCCCAGGAACAUGCCAGACAAAGAGCUGCUUUGGAGAAACGUCGUCUUUUCCAUCAAGAACUCCAGAAGGAAGCCAGUGGCCUGCAGUGGACACACAACAUCUCUCGACCCUGGGUUUACUCUUACUUCCAGUUCCUACAAAUGCCCAGACCUUAA